CUUGAUCAUUGACGAUUCCUCCAACAAUCAGUUAUCGCUAAAAUCUCUUUUUGUCCUGUAAUUCACCUCCAGCAGUUAAAAAGUUCAAAAAACUUCUUAUCCAUUAGAAAAGAGUUCACGGAGUAGACAUGACCUUCCGAUUUAUACGCCAAUCGUCAAUCCUUCAUAAGCUGUAGACUACUCACAUUCCAACAUUAGCCGCCAGAAAAUUUGCAUCAGGCGGCUAAGGUUGGAAUGUGAAACCCCGUACAGCAUACCACAUACAACCUCCUGAUAGAUACAAGCAGACAUUGUCCGAAGUAGCAAGUAAAACACAUCCACCCAAACCGGAAAACGUAGGCCACGAUGUAAACGUAGGUAGUUUACUUGAAUGACUCUUCACUAUCUACCACAGGAUCCACAAUCACAUAGCACUUCCAGAGACAUGCAGUUCCCCACGAGAAGUUUUCAGGUGAAGGAGGAAAACAUUCUCGUCCUUAAAGACGGAGGAUACAUCGGAUAUCCAGUCUCAAGAAAAGAUGGCGAAUGGGCCUUUGUCCAAAGUGCAUUCAAGUUUUUACUUUCUUCAUGACUUCCUUCACAACUGCUGAUUCUCCUGACAAAAGACAAGUGUUUGAUAUUACAAGUUUACACGACGAAUUCGUGUAACAAAAAAUUGCAGAGCUGGAGACAGAUAGAGAUACCCAAACAUCACUAACAUGAUUGGCAUUGUUCCAUGGAGGCCGAUCUAUGAAAGCUGAACUAAAUAGUCAUAAGAAUCUAGCUGCACCCUCCACUCUGACAUUUUCUUCUAAAUUUCUUCUUGCAUCAGGCAGGUCCGUACUCUUUACAGAAUCCGGAACUUCUUCAAUCCUACAUGAAAACGCGAAUUCUCCAACGAUGAACAGUUAUCGAACAACAGAACAGGGUACAUAUCUGCCAGUUACCAAUCGAUCGCAAUGGAACUGAAGUAGGGCAACGGUCCGUGGCUUCGUGAUAGACCUCUGAUUAGCCACGGGAAUCGAGCCAAAUAUCCACAGAAAACGGGAAAGUCCUACUCCCAUCUGUUCGAGGUUUGCAACCAAGAUGUCACGAAGUAGCAUACACUAGAGAUCCACCUCGUUCCAAGCUCGUCUCUGUGGCAAUUCAUCCUAAAUGUGUGUCUAGCUAUAAUUUGCUGGCUGCAUCGCUUGCGAGCAAGUCACAUACAAUCAUUUUACACUACCCAGCACCAUUUACAAUAAUUGGCAUCCGCCGAGCUGCCGGCCAGUCUCUAAAAGCCUUCGCCGACCAUUCGAAACAGUGCAUCGCGAAAUCGGAACUGCUGUAGGCAACAAACCACAGCAGCAAAAGGACGAGCAUAUUAAAAAGGCAACGCUCCCACCAAUCCAACAUGUACAACCCGAAUGUCACAUUGUAGACGUAUAUCUUCGAAUCCACCCAAUGCCACGCUUUCUGCACUACCCCUCCUCUCACCGGAAGCCUAGCGGUCGCCCCAGCCGUUCCAUUCUGCUGCUGCUGCUGCCGCCCGAUCUGACUCCCCUGACCGAACUUCCACCGGUUCCGCAUCCUUCGACAAAACCCCAAUGCCUAACAGUACAUGCAGACCGUGCCAGCCCUCGAGCUCACUCUGCGCCCCGCCCCGCCCCUCCCCUCCCCUCCCUGCACUACAGGAUCGAUCUCGCCACACCGUUCGCUCCCUCGAGAAUUUCGGCACGAGAAAAUCCCUCUACUCCACCGGACGGUUUACUGGCACACACUGAUUUCGAAAAUUCUGUACCUCCCAGACGCAGCACUCGAAAUCGCAACGAGUCGACGACGAUCCAGAAUUCGAGUCAGAGCAUUCGAUCGCCAAAUUGUCCAGAAAAGCACGAGACGAAGGCCCGCCUGCUCGAUCCCGAGUCCCAAGGGCCCUUCCAAGUCGCAAUCCUGGGAAACAGCCCGCGGACGAUGGAAUUAGCCUUUAGGUCACUCACUCCGUAGGAAUCAUGAUCCUCUACCCCUUCUGGCUGGCUCUCACUAUCCGCCCGCCCGCCCGCACGCAAGACAGCUUCGCUGCACUUUCCCGCAAACUCAUCACGAUCACGAUCACGGCAAGCUCGCACUCCAAAUUCCC